AUGGAGCAAAUGGUGCCGGGAGACACGGAGCCGGUUGGAAUGGAUCCGCUGACAGACUGUCCAAUCUGUUUCGAGACGUACGAGCGAUGGGAGAUGGAAGCUGGACAAGCUGGAGAUCCCCCCCGACAUGCGGAGAAGAAGCUAGACUGCUGCGGCCAAUCCUUGUGCUUUCACUGCUACGGUCACCUGCGUAGAUGUCCUUUUUGUCGUAUACGUUGGCAUGGGGACUCAGAGGAAGAUGAUGAUUGGGAUGCCGACAAUGCAAACUUUUGGCAGCGCAGAAACUUUCCGAAUCCGAUCUUGACAGUCUGGGGAACUACUUUAGCUUUGGACUUGAUCCGAGUGAUGACUUCAUCUGCCCUGACCGGCGCGCGAGCAAUUGCAGCAGCGGCAACAGCGGCAGCCGCGGAAUCCCCCUUGCUCCUAGCUGGUACAGCUACCGGUGCUGCUGUAGUGGUCGGAGGCCUUGCGCUUGUAAAAGCUGCGCAGCAUCGACCCGAACAGGCAGAGCGAUUGCAACAGGCGGUCCGCAAUCGAAUUCGCCAUCAGCUGGUCCUCCACGUAGCAGACAACGUCGGCAAUUCGUGGCGGAAGGCCGUGGCAAACAUUUGGGAUGCGCUUCAUUGGCACCUCUCGCCGCAGCUUGCAGGGAUGCCACAUGUCUAUACAGGCUCAAUUUGGCGGACAUCUGCCCGGAUGAAGCAUCAUGCUGCGCUGUCCGCAUUGUUGCACAGUGAAGGUCAGACCGAGACACCAAUGUCUGGAGAGUCUGCAUCUUCAUCCUCAGCACAGAGCUCCGAGGACAGCUUUGCCAGGCUGCGUGUCUGGGGUGACGUUGUCUUCUGCUUUAUUCUUUGGCUGGACUACAACCCGCACACUCCGAACUGGGGGUACUGCAGCUCCUAUGGGCUGCCUCACCUGCACUUGUGUUGGCACAACCGCUGGCGCGAGGACUUGCGGCAUGUGGUGUGCGAUUUGGCAAGACACGUGGAAAGUGAGUACAUUCAGGCGGUGCUCCCGCGUCAGGAGCUCAAAUGUGUAGAGUGCUUGCUGGCAAUGCUGGACCAUGUGCUGUCCUGGGAGGUCGUCACAUUGGACAGGGGGGCGGUCUCCCCAUCUGGUGCAGUUGUCUCUCGUGUGAGCUUGCCAGGGGACGCUGCAGUUCCGACAGUUCCGACUGCAAGGGGUGCAAGGAGUGCCGUAUUGAGCAGAAGCGCGCGCGGAGCCCUGGCCUCGCUCUCUGCCACGCUGGUGUCCACGCUUGCCCUUCCGGCCCUGAAGCUCAGAGUGCGACGCGGAGCCGGGAGCCGACUUGGUCGAAAGGCGGAGGAAUCGAGCACGGCGACAGAGCCAGAACUGUCAGCAGCCAAAGAAGACAAAGAAGCCGAAGAAGCCCAAGAAGCCGAAGGGGAGAGAGGUGUGGAGGCCGAUGAGGAGUCGACGGCCAUCGGCAAGGCCAAGCCCCGGCAACGCCGUAUGCCCUUCGAUCCGACAAAGGAGCCCGGCGCCAUGGCGCCUUUGGGAUUCUUUGAUCCUUUGGGAUUUUGCCCUUCUGGUGACGAAGGCAAGUUCAAGCAGCUGCGAGCAGCCGAGCUGAAACAUGGACGUGUUGCCAUGCUGGCAAGUGUGGGCCUUGUGGCCCAAUGCUACAUCCGACUCCCUUUCCUCGGACUAAAAGAUUCCCCCGCUGGUUACAAGGCUGCCCUUUUGGUUCCCUCCUUGUGGAUGUUUGGCCUGGUUGUUAUUGGCUCAAUGCUUGUGGAAUGGCUGUUUUGGAAGGAGGAUCCGUGGAAGGAGCCUGGAAACUUCGGAGAUCCACUCGGGCUCAACAUGUACGAUCGUGACAUGCGAGAGAAGGAGCUUUGGGAUGCAUUGUUCUGCUUUGCUCUUACUAAGGCUUACUACCUACCAUGUCUUGGGCCUGUGUCGCGAGAACUUCGCGUUGCCAGGAGCUUAACAAUGGGCGCUUCGCCAUGUUUGCAACGUCCGGCAUACUUGCAGCAGAGCUCCUCACUGGAAAGGACCCGCUGUUUUGUUUAG